GGAAAACAACACAGUGCUCCGCUUAUUACAGUUUUGCGCCGUUUAUGAUCUUCGUCGUGGAGCUUAGACUGAGCACCAAUCCAUCACUGUAAACUACAUGUCAAAAGAGAACGGUUAUGAUACUGCCAAAGUCAUCACGCCGGAGCAGAGGGCUCGAAUUUCACAGAACUUCAGAGCCGCCAAGGCUCUUCUCUCUCGCAAACGGCCUCUUGAUUAUUGCUCCAAGGAUGCAAGAGGUGUCGAGUCGCCGUUUCAGGUUUCUGGUGCGAAACGAGUUCCGCUUAUGGAAAUGCAAAUCAAUACGCCGCCGUUUCUUGGAAGUGGAGCGAAAUCAAAAGAUAGUCAGUUUAAUGAUAAGUCUUGCUCGAGGAUAACUGGUUCCGUUUCUUAUGGUGAUGAAUGUUUUUUCGAUUCUUUUACUACUCCUAUACAACAACCGCUGUGUUCAGGCUUAAGUGAUAAUAAUUUAUCUAUAGCUACUCUUCUAGAUGAUGAUUUUGAUGAGUCUAUUUUGAAAGAAAUUGAUAUCAUAUGUGAUCAAAAUUCUGCUACAAAAAUUGAAACGCGGAGUGAAAUUAGUAGCACUAAUCAUGUCGAAAUUGAAUGCAAUAAUGAGGCAAAUAAUAAGAGUGAUUUUGAUAGUUUACGUUCAAUUACUGUUGUAAAUGAGGAUGUAAGAGGAGAAGAAGGUACUCUGGGAGCCUGUGAUGAUCUGGAACGUAUAACUGAGGUUAAAGAUAAUUCGCAGACGGUACAAUUUAAUAAUAUGCCUGAAGAUUACUCAAAAUACUUGCAGUCUUUGAAUGAUAGGCAACGAGAAGCGGCUUGUACUGAUAUUUCUACCCCUUUGAUGAUUGUUGCUGGCCCAGGAAGUGGAAAGACUUCCACUAUGGUUGGCCGAGUUUUGAAGCUUCUUAGUGAGGGCAUCAGUCAAACAAAUAUUCUUGCAAUGACUUUCACAACUGCGGCAGCUUCUGAGAUGAGAGAUCGGAUUGGGCGCGUGGCUGGGAAGACAGUAGCUAAAGAACUUACAAUCAGUACCUUCCAUUCAUUUUCUUUGCAACUUUGCCGUUCACAUGCAGAGAAGUUAGAGCGCACAUCAGAGUUCUUAAUAUACGGGCAUGGGCACCAAAGACGAGCAAUUAUAGAGGCUGUGCGCCUAUCAGAAAAGGAAAAGACGGACGAACAAAAUUACAGUGCCGAUAAACCUGUUGAAGCUUCUAAUGGGAUAGAAUAUUUUAAAGACAAGUCAAAGAAAUGGCAAAAGUUUGUAACCCAGGCUAAAGCUUCAGGAAAGACACCUGCUGAUUACCAGAAAAUGGGCAAUGAGACAGGAGCUUUGAUACUUCGGAACUACACCGACAUAUUGAAAUCUUGUAACGCACUGGACUACCACGAUUUGAUCAGCUGUUCCGUGAAGUUGCUCACUGAUUAUCCUGAUGUAUUUAAGGAGUGCAAGGAUUCUUGGAAGGCUAUUGUGGUAGAUGAAUUUCAGGACACAAGUUCCAUGCAAUACAGUCUUCUACGACUUCUUGCAUCUCAUAGUCACAUAACUAUUAUUGGUGACGAUGAUCAGUCAAUUUUCAGUUUCAAUGGAGCUGACGUUUCAGGGUUUGAUUCAUUUCGUCAAAACUUCCCAAAUUACAAAGAGAUUAGACUCAACAAAAACUACCGAUCCACACGCCAUAUUGUUGAGGCUGCAUCUUCUCUUAUAAAAAAUAAUAUGAAAAGAUGUCGAUUCAAGGAUGUUGUUACUGAUAAUUCCUCCGGAUCUAAGAUAAUCAUCAAGGAAUGCCAGACUGAGCCUGCACAAUGCUCGUUUGUUGUUGAUAAGAUAUUGGAAAUGGCAUCUGAUAAGUCACAUACUAAAGACAUUUAUGGCAACAUUGCCAUUCUUUACCGGAGGCAGGUGUCAGGAAGAGUUUUUCAAAUAGCUUUUCGUGACAGAAAAAUACCAUUUAAUGUUCAUGGCGUGGCCUUCUACAGGAAAAAGGUAGUUAAAGCCAUUAUUUCUAUGCUUAGAACCACAUUACCGGGAUGUGAUGAUGGCCCGUAUCGUCAAGUUUUUAAGGCGUUUCUUCCAUUUGAGAAGGACGAAAAGAAGAGGGUUAUUGAUCAUGUUGAUAAAAUCUCAAUGAUUAGAAAGUGCAGCUUCAUAUCUGCUGCCAGUGACAUCUUUAGUGCAAAGAUUUCUGGUACCUUCAAGAGGAGUCAACUAGGUCAAGGACGCAAGGUGCUGUUAACACUUGAGAUGAUAUCAAAACUUGUUCACAGGGAACAAUCAAUUUCUGCUGUUAUAACUUCAGUGUCAAAUAUGGUGCCUCAGAAAUACCUUCUUGAGCAGCGGGCAGUGGUUGACGUUGAUGGUAGGAAAUUGUUGAAUGAAGACAAUGACAUUAGAUCUGUCCUUCAGUACUUAUUGGAUGAUGUGUCUGAAUUUUUGUCAAUGCAAUGUCCUAUAAAGGAAGGUGUUGGGACGGUUAAAGAGGAAGAGAAAGGUUGCUUUAGGACUCUCAAAGCCUUUGUUGAUUUCAUAACAGAACGAGAGAAGGAAAAUUUUCGUUCUCGGAGACAAGAAAAUAAUAAUUCUGUUACCUUGACUACCAUUCAUCAGGCAAAAGGCUUAGAAUGGGACACUGUUUUUAUUGUAAAGGCAAAUGAAUCUGAGAUUCCUUUGUUGCACGAGUUCAAAGGAAAUAUACAGGAAAACGGGACCUCAAUUGAAGAGGAAAGACGUCUUUUAUAUGUGGCAAUGACUCGCGCUCGAAAGAAUCUAUUCAUUCUGUAUUGCACAGUGGAUUCAAAUUGGCAGAUGCUUCAACCAUCACGAUUUCUCAAGGAGAUUCCAGAUCAUCAUCGGGAGAUUCAGGCCGAAGUAAGUGUACGAGAUCUACAGACAAAACCUCAAGAUAUUUCAGAAGAACCUGGCAACUUUACUAGCCAUUUACAUGAUGAAAAGGAACUUUCUGAAGUACACAUGGAAUCUAAAGAUUCGUCCGACAUUCAAAUCAAUACUGACAUAAACGAAUUGAAGGACCCAAUAACUGAUUAUUAUGGAAAUAUGUUUUUGAAACGAUUUGCUGUGGAGGAGAGAUCAGUUGUUUCCCACUUAUUCCAUCAAUGGGCCAAGAAGAAAGCAUUUCAAAAUCCUAAGAGAUUGCUUGACAAGAUUGGAUUUGUUAUUGAUGAGCGUCUGAGGAUCAAUAAAAACAAGCAUAAGGAUGUUUUGCGCGCACUGAAGACUUGCUUGAGCUGUGAUGAAGCAUUUCAGCAUGCAGAAUAUGUACUAAGAUGGGAGAAAAUUCCUGCUGAUGAACGUGCCCAUUUGAUGCGGGAGAAACAGGAGUACUUCCAGAAAUUAAGGAUUGAGAACUCUAUGGGCACAUCUGCGCCUACAUCAAAACAGAUUGGGUACUUGCAAAAUUUGGGAUGCACUGUAGUCCCCACAUCACGUCUCCAUGCCUCUCGUUUAAUCGAACAGUACAAAGCCCUGUGACUGGCUGCAUUAUUAGAAGCCGCCAACAUACAACUGUAACUGUCAUUGUUAUCAUUAAACAUUUUGUUAUCAAAUAUGUAGAAGAUCAUGCUUUUCCUUUUGUGGAUUUCGCUGCUUGUUUAGGUCUUAAUCCACUUGGUUUUUCCCGAGUAAAAGUGGUCGAUUUAGUUCACUUCUUGUGAACUUUCUAAAAAUUUCUGUUCCAUCAGUUUUCAGUUUUAAGAAAUAAAAAAUCGAUCUAUUUUUUUAA